UCGGCGCCAUCUCUUUACAAUCACUGCGGCCAGCCAGAUUGUACACUUCGCAUUUGUUCUGUACCAGCUAUAUUUUGGUCUUUCUUGUUUGUCUCAUAGAAGACUUUCACCCUUUCCCUGCGUCUUUUAUGAACAAAAUUCAGCACAUGGGCUGCUAGCUAACCUCACUAUUGGUCUUCCUUCCUCAAUUUCUGCCGACGUGAUUGGCUAAUGACAGACUGCACUUGAAAUUCCGAGAUGGUUGCUGAAGUUUCGACUGCUGCCAUUCAGCCACAUCAAUAUCAUCACCUCAACCCUUCCCUCCUAUCGACGAAUAGAUUAUUACCGCAGAUUUUAACCAACACUGGACGCUCCUCUUGUGCCUCCUCAUCCUCAUCCUCAUCCUGUGGAUCCAGCCCAGCUACCACUCAUACCAGCGCCGAUUCUUGGAAUUUAAAACCUCAAACUAUCACCUGCAAACCCAAUCCGCCCCCAGCGCGAAGAAAAAAGGCAAGUCGAGCAUGUGGGCACUGCCAGAAGGCGCAUCUGACAUGCGAUGAUGGCAGGCCGUGCCUGAGAUGCACAAAGCGUGGGCUGUCGAAAACUUGCACAGAUGGGGUACGAAAGAAAGCCAAGUACCUCAGUGACUAUGACGACGCAUUACUGGUUCGACCACGCCCAUCCAUCAAGAGAGCUUCUGAGGAUCCCUUGGAAGUCGAAGAUUGCAAGAAAGUCAAGGUCGCAACAGACGAUCGUGACUGCCGCCUGAGUAUCUCCUGGGCUGACCUGGACUUACUCGAAAAUGUCGGCAUUCCACAAUAUCCCAAUGUCGAAACUUCAGUGUUAGCCGGCUGCGAGACUGUCGGUUCAGCCAAUCCUACAAGUCAGACCUGGGCGCUCGGCGGACUUGAAGAAUGGCUUGCUCGUUUCGAAAGUGGGGUCAGCCCAAGCAGUUCCGCCGCUCUCGACAACUUAAUUAGUCUCCAAGAAAAUGUCAAACAAGCCGACCAAACGAGUGAAAGUAGACAAAGAAUGCAGGAAUGGGUUACACGAAUUAAUCGACUUGUCGAAAUCCGGAAACUCACCAUGAACAUCACUGCUGACGAUGAAUGGAUGCUCAAGAGAAAUCUUGACCGAUCAUUGAUGGAGCUAGAGCGCAUUAUAUCUCUAAGCGGAACUCCAACUAUGAUUUGGAAUACUUCUGGUCAAAUUUUAAAAGUCGGGGAUGAAUUCUGCAUGUUAACUGAAUGGAGUCGAGAGGACUUGGUCGGAAAGCACAUCGAAACGGUGUUUGAACCAGAAAGUUUGGAAGAAUAUUUAGAUAUGGUCGAGUCCAGCAUAUUUCCUGAUCAGGAAUCCAAUCAUCAUCCGUCCCGCCCUCGGUCUCAAGGCUCAAAAACUUCUAGCAGAAAUUUGCCUCAACGUUCUUCCUCAUCAGCCUCUUCAUCCUCAAUGACAUCAUCCCCGUCCCUAUCCUCGAUUCCUUUGAUAGCGUUAUCACAAGCCUCCGAUUCGAAUUUGAGCCGGGGCCCGUAUUCGAAUGAUCGCCCUGAUCUGACUUCAUCAUUCGCCCAAAGCAAAACUAGCAAUCAAAGCUAUGGUGAAAGGGAAUGCAAGGAAACCAUCAAGUGGUUCGGGAUUCGCAAAGCCUGCGGUCGAGAAUCCAUUGGUUGUAGUUUUUGUUUCAAAGUUCGAAAAGAUUUAUUCGAUUGUCCUUCAACCAUCAUCGGAAACUUCUUACCAAUUUUAACCCGAGCGUCUUACACCGACCAUUCUUCAUGA